GAAACAAGGAAAACUACAACAACUCCAUUUAUUAAUGGAAUCCUAGGCUGAGUAUCUUUGACAAAUCUUUUUCUCUCGUCAUUCUUUAAAAACUUAUCAGUAAUAAAAGCAAUGGAGCAGCUAUAUAUAUACAUAUAUCUUAUCUCCCAUUCCCAACAAGAACAGUAGAAGAAGCAAAAAUGUGUCCUCAUGUGCUCCUCUUUCCCCUUCCAAUUCAAAGCCCUAUCAAUUCCAUGCUUCAACUUGCCGAGCUUUUUUGCCUUGCCGGUUUACAAGUUACUUUCCUCAACACGAAUCACAAUCAACAGCUUCUCUACCGUCACACCGACGUCGAAUCCAGAUUCAGGCAGUAUCCUAAAUUUCAAUUCCGGACUAUUUCCGAUGGUCUUCCCGACGAUCAUCCCCGGUCGUCUAUACUGUUUGGAGACCUUAUUACUUCCUUGCAAGCUGUGGCAGAGCCUUUUCUUAGAGAAAUAGUAACAGAAUCCGGUGUCACGUGUGUUAUACCUGAUGGAUUAUUUUAUUAUGCAGUGGAUAUUUGUAAUGAGGUUGGAGUUUCUGUUAUUUCAUUUGAUACUAUUAGUCCUUGUUGUCUAUGGGUUUAUCUCUGUUUCCCAAAACUCAUUCAAUCUGGAGAUAUUCCCUUCAAAGGAAAUGAUUUGGACGUGUUGAUAGAAAAUGUACCUGGCAUGGAAGAUCUUCUACGGCGUCGAGAUUUUCCAUUCUAUCGUCUUACCAAUUGUGCAACGGACCUCUAUUGUCAACUUGCUCUCAAGGAAAUCCAAAGUAUACCUCGAUCCCAUGGACUCAUAUUAAAUACAUUUGAAGAUUUAGACGGUUCGUUACUCUCUAACAUUCGCACUCAUUGUCCACAAACAUAUGCGGUUGGACCGCUACAAUUGCAACUCAAAACUAGGCUUUCUGAUAAAUCAAUGUCCUCUUCGAAUAGUUUGCGGGAAGAAGAUGACAGUUCGAUUCAAUGGCUUGAUGCACAGCCCGUAGAAUCAGUAAUCUAUGUAAGUUUUGGAAGUCUUGCAACUUUGACAAAGGAGGAAAUGUUGGAGUUUUGGCAUGGAUUAGUAAAUAGCGGAAUCAGAUUUUUGUGGGUCAUGAGGUCCGACUUAUUGAGGGAAGAGAAGUUUAGCCACCAAUUUGUUAAGGAGCUAACGGAUGGUUCCGAAGAAAGAGCUUACAUAGUGAGUUGGGCUCCACAAGAGAAAGUACUAUCCCACCCAGCUAUCGGUGGAUUUUUAACUCACAGUGGAUGGAACUCGACUAUGGAAAGUAUUGUUGAAAGAAAACCCAUGAUCUGCUGGGCUGUUUAUGUGGACCAGCGAGUCACUAGUAGAUUUGUGGGUGAAGUGUGGAAAAUUGGGUUGGACAUGAAAGAUAUUUGUGACAGAUACAUUAUUGAGAAGGCAGUGAAAGACUUGAUGGUAACAAAUAAGGAUAAGUUGAAGAAAUCAGUUGACAAGUUAUCUAUGUUGGCAAAAAUUAGUGUUGGAGAAGGAGGUUCAUCAUACAAUGCUUUUGAAUCUCUCGUCAAUGACAUUAAAAAGUUAGGAAGAAGAGACAAGGAUAUCAAUCCUAACUGCAUAAGAUACACAGGGUAAUGCUACCAAUCAUUGAUUGUAUCAUUUCUUGUUCUUUUAUUGGAUACUACAAGUUAUUCAUACAAGUACACUAGAUAAGAAAAAGCCCGCGAUACCAUGGGGUCGCGCAAUGUUAGCGUAUAAAAUUGUAUGUUUUGCCUUUUAAAUAGGUCACUUUCUAAAAAUUGAAGUCAUGUCAGAUAUAAUCUUUAAAGAAUUAUGAUACAGAAAUAUAAACUUAUGCCUCGAAAAAAUGAUUAGAGCCACAAUCCUAAACUAUCAGCCCUUAAGGCUAUCGACCUCUGUUUCCUAGAGAAGAAAUUAGUAGUACAAAGGGUGAAUUCUGCUGUUCAUAUGAACGCACAGGACCGUCUGGAAUGCCUUAUGUUGAGCUGAAGAUCGGCUUUGGAUUUGUCAACUUCGAAGCCGAGUAAUAGAGCUGUAGUUUAGCUGAAGAUGAAGCUGCCUAAAGGUGUUACAAAAGUUGUUUGUAGAAAGCAGAGAUGAAACAGAGGUGGCUGAGAAAAUUAUGGAUCUUUGUAUGCCCAAUACCAGUCAUGACAGUUUUUUUGCUUAAUUGGUUUGCUAUAGGGUCAAAUUUAGUUUCUACAAUUGCAUAUAUACAGAGUUUUACAAAAAUUUCUGCUCUAUCUGUUGAUUUGCUGGUGAUAUUGUUAUAAGCACCAUUGAUUUUCUUA